AUGAAGUCCAUUAAAAGUAAAAAUAAAAAACCGUUUUUAAACUAUCUUUUUUUAUAUAAUGUUUUUUCUUGUUUUGGCUGGAUUGCAAUUUUUUUUUAUACAUUUAUUCAACAAAGAAAAUUCAUCAGUAAUUAUUAUGGAGUAAUUUCUUUGCUUAAAUACGUUCAAACAUUUGCAAUUUUAGAAAUUUUACAUGCUGGUCUUGGCAUAACUUCAUCAUCUGUCAUUAUAACAACUAUACAAGUUGCAUCACGCCUUUUGCUCUGUUGGGGUAUUGCAAAUGCAUAUCCGGAUAUUGUAUUAAAGAGUUCUGCAUUUUUUUCUAUGAGUUAUGCUUGGAGUAUCACAGAAAUUGUUCGUUAUAGUUAUUAUGCAAAUAAUUUUAAAGAAAAUACAUGUUUCUUAUUUUUAUUUUUAAGAUAUAAUCUUUUCUUUAUUUUAUAUCCUUUAGGAACGCUAAGUGAAAUGUGGCUUAUUUGGAAAUUACUCCCAUAUAUUAAUGAUACUCAACGGGUAUAUUCCCUAAUUCUUAAAGCGAUUCUUGUUAUCUAUAUCCCAGGUUUUUGUGUUAUGUAUUCACAUAUGAUUUUUCAAAGAAAGAAGUGGAUGAAGUCAUGGAAAACAAAAAAGGCAAAAGUACGCUUUUGCUUUAGUAUUGCGCGAGUUUUUUCAGCAAUUUUGAAACAAAAGGUUGUCGCUCAGAAAGAGGGAGCUGAUUCGCAUGCUCUAAAAUGA